AUGUAUCCAUCGGAGCCCCGCACCCUCACCGGUCGCAGCAUCGCCUCGUAUGCUUCGCGCGUGCACUCGCGUCGGUGGCGCGGGCGCCGGCGGCCGACGAGAACGCCUCAUGGCCUCCCUCAUCCCCUUCCCCUCUUCCCCCCCCUACUCCACUCACCUCCCGCGCCAGCUCCAGUCGCUACCCCGCUCGCCGAAGCCGCAGCCGCAGCGGCGCGCCAAUCCCGGUUCCGCCUCCUGUUCGCGCGCGCCGCGGCGCGGCGUGACCCCGAGCCGGCGCCGGCGGUCGAGGAGAGGAGGUCGCUGGCCGUCAGGACGGGGGAGCUGUUCCUGGGGCUGGCGGCGCUGCUGCUGCGCGGGGCCGGGGCCAGGCGCACGGGCGGGGCGGCGGCGGUGGAGGAGGUGGAGACGAGGGACAGGGUGGUGUGGGAGCAGCGGCCCGAGGACGUGGACGCGGAGCGGGCGCGGCGGGAGCUCACUAGCCCCGGCUUCAGCUUCUCCGCGGCCGGGCUGCUCUUCCCCUACCACCUCGGCGCCGCGCAGUGCCUUAUGGACCGCGGAUACAUCACCGAGAAAACUCCGUUAGCUGGCUCAUCAGCUGGUGCCAUAAUCUGUGCAGUGAUCGCAUCUGGGAACACAAUGCAAGAUGCUCUGCAGGUGACCAAAGUUCUAGCUGACAACUGCCGGAGUAAAGGCACUGCGUUUCGCCUUGGGGCUGUACUCAAGGAUGUCCUUGACGAGUUUCUCCCAGAUGAUCUUCACAUUAGGUGCAAUGGAAGAAUUCGUGUUGCUAUUACUCAGCUAUCCUGGAGGCCUAGGGGCUUGCUGGUGGACCAAUUUGACUCCAAAGAUGAUGUCAUUAAUGCAGUCAUUACAUCCUCCUUUAUUCCUGGGUACUUAGCACCCAGACCAGCUACUUUCUUCCGUAAUAGGCUCUGCAUCGAUGGGGGCCUUACAUUGUUUAUGCCGCCCACUUCUGCUGCAGAAACAGUCCGAAUAUGUGCUUUUCCAGCCAGCCGUCUGGGAUUGCAAGAUAUUGGGAUCAGUCCAGACUGCAAUCCAGAGAACAGGGCUAGUCCAAGACAGCUGUUUAACUGGGCUCUGGAACCUGCUGAAGAUGAAACCCUAGACAAAUUAUACGAGCUUGGGUACCUGGACGCAGCUGUAUGGGCCGAGCAGAAUUCUGCCGAGUUUAUCACCAAGAAUGGUCAAUCCCUUGGCGCUGAUUGA